AUGAAACUACUGCGACGAGGGAUCGUCCGCAUCCGGAAUGUGGCAGCCUUUCCCAUUCCCCCCGCACUGCUUUGCGCACGGCGUGGCGUGACCUCUACGCCGGUUUCUAUGCAGAACGCACGUAGUGGGCAUUUUCGUCCCUUUUCAUCAGACGAUGAAGCCCAGCUGGCGGCAAUACUCACAACAAAACCGCGGCAUGUGGCUCGAUACGUUCGUCAGUCGGUUCUUCAUUCACGGCGAAAAAUAACCCACUUUCGCAACAGCGUUACCUUUCUCAUGAUUGCUUUGCAGUCGAGACUGCAACGAAGUGAAAUAUCUCCAGCAGAUGCUUCUGCACUGGUAGAGAGUCUUAUGAAAGAGUGUGUUGAGCUUCGGCAGGGGGAUAUGGCGCAUCUCCUCUUUCGGGCGUCUAUUCGAUUCCGUAAAUACGGUAUGCCUAUGCAUUAUCCCUUAGUAAAACAUCUAUUUGACUCCUACAGAUCUGAUAACGCUCGGGACCUCAUGAAAAACAUGGCUGAUGAGCUGCGUGGUGACGAAACCCUGCGAAUGUUAGCGGUACUAUCGUAUCAACUGUCCGGAAAAUAUGAGGAGGGGGAGAAACUCCUGCAAGAAAUUCCCUUGGAGAAGAUUGGCACAGAAGACUAUUGUGCUCUUCUAGGAACGUAUGGAAUGACUUCACAAUACAGGCGUAUCAUUUCCCUCACCAAUCAGCUACUGAAUCAUCGAGAGGCGGCGAACGGGUCACGUUUUGAUUUCGACGCCAUAUUUUCAGCUGCAAUCAUAGCGAUCCGUGGCGAUGGUGACAUGCUUGAGGAGGUGACGAAACAGGCACUGGACAAUCGGGCGCAGUUAUCAGACCAAGCUAUCGGAACCCUCAUGCGGGCUCGGUUGCAGCGGUGUCGCACUGCCUCCGAUGUGUACGAGGCUGAAAGGUUGCUUCGUGAGGAUUUAGGGGUUAACAUGCUGGGGAUGGCUGCUCAAACGGCAGUAAUUGCUCGCUGCAGCGAAAUCUUAUCGAAAGGUCAAAAGGUGAGCGACGAGAUUAUGCUGCAGAAGGUUCAACUCCUCGACAGUGCAGUUGAUGAGUCUGUGGCAAAUGACGCCAUUGAUAACUUGGAGCCAUCCUACCUGACGUCACUUAUUAAGGGGUAUGGCGUACUUGGUCGUUUUGAUGACAUGAAGCGAUGCUUCAACCGCCUAAAGGAAGCUGGUGCCUUGCAUGACGGUCGUUUGUAUGACGAAAUGCUACGCUGGUAUGCACACGCGUACAACCUUAAAGAGGUUAUUGCGUUGAAGGAGGAGAUGCAGGAGCAGCAUAUUUAUCACACAGCGUAUACUUACCAGCAUUUGUUUCGUGUUCUCGAUAAAUACUACCCUCGUAUGGUAGAGAAGUACAUGAACGAGAUGCGUAGCAAGGGGAUCCAGAUUGAAUAUUACAUGUAUCCGACGCUUCUGCGCGUGUUCGGUGUUUUGCAGGACUACUCAAUUGUGGAGCAGCUUUACCGGGAGAUUAAAGGUAAGGUUGCUGCUGGAGAUGUCCAAGUCUUUUCUCCUGCAGUUGCAGUGCAAUUACUGAAGACAUAUCAACACGACACAAGUCGUUGCGAGGUUAUUAUACAAGAAGCUGAGAACUACGGAUUACUAGCGAACGAAGCAGUGCAAGCUGAGAUCGUGCAAUACUACUCCAUGAAUAACCGACACGAGGAUUUAAAUGCUUUGGUUUCACGAAUACCAUAUAAAUCUCCGGAUAUCUAUCGCGUUCUCCUUCGUGAUACGUCAAAGCACCGCAAUCGUCAAGGUUUCGACGCUCUUCUCAAAGAAAUGCGGGAGAGGCACGUUUCUGUAAAUGAGCGAACAUUCGGCGAGGUGAUAACGGGUUUGGGGCACUUUAACGACUUAGAAGGUGUAAAGCGGUAUUUCCAUGAAGCCCUUACCAGCAAUGCCGUACGGUCGCCAUUGUUCUUCGCCGUUGCAGCGUCUGCCUUUGCCCGUUUGGGCGAUGCGCAGGCAGUGGACGAGUGUUGGAACGAUCUCCUGCAAUCCAAGGUUACCAUAACGAUGCCCGUGUACAACAAGUUUCUUGAUUUGUACAUGGCUAGCAACAAUGUGGAAAUGGUGCAGCAGAUUCUCAACACUAUGAUGAAACUCGUGCCACCCAACCCUGUAACGGCUACGACAGUUGUUGACAUGCUUGGAAAGAUGGGCAGGCUCAGUGAGAUGGAGUGCGUGUUAGAGGAGAUGUCUCGAUCCGCCAAUGCAGCCCCCACGCAGGUGACGUACCACCAGGCAAUGAAUGCCUAUGCGAAAAGCGGGGACGUUACUAAGAUGGAGGCGAUGCGGGAAAAAAUGAAAGAAGAAGGGUUUCAGGAGAAUCACAUCACAUUUAAUAUUCUUUUUGAGGGUUACGGGCGCGCUAAGCGAUACGAACGCGUAAAGGAAUUGGUGGAGGAACGUAAAAGCAAGCAAAUAGCAAUGGAAGAAUUUGGCUAUGCCGUGCUUCUCAACAUUUACUCACGUGCGCACAUGGUGGAAGAAACGACACAGAUUGUAGAAGAAAUGGUUUCUGCCGGUGUACCGUUUACUAGCCGCAUGCUGGCAACCCUCGCAACUUCUUUUAGCUACAUUGGUGAUAUACCAAAGGUGGAGCACUACGUGUCGCUACUCCUCUCCCACAGGGACCGACGACAACGGGACGUGGAAUCAGUUUACCUCAUGUACGCUAAAAUGCGUGACACUGUAAAGAUUCAGGAGCUUUUGGAUUCUGAGAAACUUCCCAAGACACAGUUUAUUUAUAACGUGUGUGUAGGUGCGUUUGCGCGGGCCGGUGAGCACACUAAGGUUGCGUCGCUGCUCACACAAAUGGAAGAGAGAGGGUUCACCCUCUCCCGUAACACAAGCGUGACGCUCAGUACCCUUUUGCUCAAGGCUGGAAAGUUGGAGUUAGCUCAGACCGUGUUAAAGUGGAAGGGAUGCACUCCUAGCGGGGGGAGGGAAAGGGAAGGUGAGGAAGGGGAGGAAAUUGAAAUCGAAGACACGACGGCUUUGGGUGCAGAUGAUCGUGCACAUUAA